AUGUGGGCGUUUGUUCCUGAGAGCCCGUUAGAGUUCUUCGGGGUACCUAGUCCACAGGAGUCUAACAGCCGCAGGGCAGUGAACAGAGGCUAUGUCACCAUCUUGCUCAGGCUGCAUCAGGACUGGCACAGCCAUGACACAACGAAUUCCUACGUGCUGAUCCGCAGGGCGCUUCUGCUUUGCCUCAGGCAUAUUGCCAACCUCCGGUCUGGCAGGGAGGCCUUCCUGGCAGCUCAGGGCAUGGAGAUCCUUUUCAGCACCACACAGAACUGCCUGGAUGACAAAAGUCUGGAGCCUGUCAUCUCCCUUGUGCUUCAGAUCCUGAGGCAAUGCUACCCUAAGAGCCCACUUCCCUUGGUCACAGCCAGCAGUGCUUAUUCCUUCCCAGUCCCUGGGAGCACCACCUCUGAACCUCCACAUGUUCUAACUGAAGAAGAUUUUGAAGAUGAUGGCGAGGAAGAAGAGGACAAAGACUCAGAUUCUGAAGAUGUGAAAAAGGAAGAUGAUGACUUGGAAACAGAUGUGAACAAGCUGAGCUCCAAACCUGGUCUUGAUCGACCUCAAGAGGAACUGAUGCAAUAUGAGGCGAUGUGUCUUGAGCUGUCCUGCAGUUUUGAGGAACUGGAGUCCAAACCUGGAGAUGGUUUGAACUUUGACGAGACUCAGUAUGCCAGUCACCACCACAUUCUGACUGCUGCCUCCCCAAAAGGGCUUUGCUUGAAUAAGGACCAAAUCUCCUGGGGACAAGAAAGAGAAGUCCCUGUCCAGACCUCCCUUCUGAGCAGAGUGAAGAUGGGGAGGUCCAACAUACAUCUAACCUCCAAAAAAGGACCUGGAAUGAACCCAUACCGAAAUGCACAAUCCAAUGGUCUUGGGAUAGGUUCUUCUGGAAGUGAAAUCUCAGACAUUCAGGCGUCCUUCAAAGAGGAUGCUUGGGACAUAGAUGCGAUUUCCUGCCCAAGGAUAAGUGCCUCCUUUUCCAAUUCCACUAGACCUAGAGAAACUGCUGAAUUAAUAGAUAAGCUCCUGCAGACACAUCCGACGCAUAUCGCCUUCCAUGACCCCUAUCUUUAUGUGGCCAAAGCUAGAAGAACCAGAUCUGUGUCUGACUUCACAAUGAUGGCAUUUCCUGAUUUCUGGGGGCAUUGUCCACCUCUCUCUGCCCAGUCCAUGUUGGAACGUAAAUGUGGAGUCCAAAGGAUCAAAAUAUUUGAGGAUGUCCGGAGGCUCAUCCAGCCAAGCGAUAUUAUAAAUAAAGUUGUCUUCAGUCUAGAUGAGCCUUGGCCUUUGCAAGACACCACUUCUGACUGCUUACGGUUCUUCUCCAAGUUUGAGUCUGGAAAUCUUCGCAAAGCCAUCCAAGUGCGUGAGUUGGAGUACGACUUACUGAUCAAUGCUGAUGUGAAUAGCACACAGCACCAGCAGUGGUUCUACUUCAAGGUGAGCGGUAUGAGGGAUGCGGUCCCUUAUCGCUUCAACAUUAUCAACUGUGAGAAGGCCAACAGCCAGUUCAAUUACGGGAUGCAGCCAACUCUGUAUUCUGUGAAGGAGGCUCUUCUUGGCAGACCUGCCUGGGUACGGACAGGCUAUGAAAUCUGUUAUUACAAAAAUCAUUAUCGCCAGAGCACAGCCAUCACAGGGGCAGAGUCUGGGAAGUGCUAUUACACCCUCACCUUUGCCGUCACCUUCCCGCAUGCCGAGGAUGUCUGCUACUUGGCCUACCACUAUCCCUACACCUACACCGCCCUCAUGACUCACCUUGACGUUCUGGAAAAAAGCGUGAACCCCAAGCAGGUCUACUUCCGUCAGGAGGUUCUCUGCCAGACGCUAGGAGGGAAUUCAUGUCCAUUGGUGACCAUCACUGCCAUGCCCGAGUCUAACAGCGCUGGCCACCUGGAGCAGCUCCGGCAGCGCCCAUACCAGGUGAUUACUGCUCGAGUUCACCCAGGAGAGAGCAAUGCCAGCUGGGUGAUGAAGGGGACCUUGGAGUUCCUGGUCAGCAGUGACCCUGUGGCUAGGCUCUUGAGGGAAAACUUCAUUUUCAAGAUCAUCCCCAUGCUCAACCCAGAUGGUGUCAUCAAUGGCAACCACAGAUGCUCACUGAGAGGAGGGGAUUUGAACAGACAGUGGCUCUCUCCCAGUGCCCAUUUACAGCCCACAAUUUACCACGCCAAAGGGCUCCUGCACUACCUGGGCAGCAUUGGCCGGCGUCCCAUGGUCUUCUGUGAUUUCCAUGGUCACUCCCAAAAGAGGAAUGUGUUCCUUUACGGUUGUAGCAUCAAAGAGACUUUGUGGCAGGCAGAGUCUGCUGUGGGCACAUCCAAUCUCUUGGAAGAUGUCAGCUACAGGACUCUUCCCAAAAUCCUUGAUAAACUAGCACCAGCAUUCACCUUAAGCAGCUGCAGCUUCCUCGUGGAGAAAUCCCGAGCCUCCACAGCACGGGUAGUGGUGUGGAGAGAGAUGGGGGUGUCCAGAAGCUACACCAUGGAGAGCAGCUACUGUGGCUGCAACCAGGGCCCCUAUCAGGGUCUACAGUUCGGUACCGGUGAACUGGAGGAGAUGGGAUCUAUGUUCUGCUUGGGCCUCCUCAUCUUGAAACUCAAAUCUGUAAGCUGUAGCCAUCAACUACUGACCUGUGCAGCAGCUCUACUGAAUGCUGAGGAGUCAUCUCUGGACCACCACCUCCAGCGGUAA